AUGUUCGGUUCUCGGGUCUGGAAGCGUUAUGACGGUUCUCGACUUAGAACCGAAGCGAAAGAAAACGCGGUUCCGGUUCCUCAUGCGGAACCGAACCGCGGUUCUCAGAGUGUCAUUGGCUUAUUUCAAAAGUGUAAUUAUUUGUCUAGUCAAUUGAAUGCUUAUGAUUUUCAGAAGUUUCAAAAGCCGGAAAUACGUUCGAUAAGCGUAGAGCGUAUUCCCCUCAAAAUUGAACAGUCAAAGCUUGUUUUGUCAAAUUUAAUGUCAUGUAAAUCAGAUAUUAAUAUUAUUAAUCAAACAGCAAGAGAUGUUGACUCGGAUUUUAGUAUAACUCCAUACGCACAACAAACAGAUCGUAUUCAAGAUAUAAAUAAUCGAUGGAACGGUCUAAUAUCCUCUAUAUCUCAGCGUGCUCAGGUUUUACAAGAUCUACGUUAUCCUUCCGAAACAGAGCGAGAAUCAUCAGCAAAUCCUCACUCUGUUGAAUCACCUUGGCAAAGAUCAACUGCGUCAAACAAAGUACCAUACUAUAUUAAUCAUUUUGAUCGAUCAACUUCUUGGGAUCAUCCUGAAAUGCUUGACUUAAUGCGUUCGUUUUCUAAUUUGAAUGACAUCAAAUUCUCUGCGUAUCGAACUGCUAUGAAGUUACGGACAUUACAAAAACGAUUAUCUCUGGAUUUGACAUUACUCGGGAAUGUAAUAAGCGUCUUUGAAAAACCAUUAGAUUCUGUCAAUUCUUUGUCAAAUUCAGAAAAUUACAUUGAUGUAGCAAAAAUUUUGUAUUAUUUACAAAAUAUAUUUGAAAAAACAUCAAGUGAAUAUCCACAGUUGUUAAAUGUCACAGUAACAGUUGAUAUGACAUUAAAUUGGCUGUUGAAUGUGUAUGAUACAUCUCGGACAGGAACGAUUCGUUUAUUAUCCAUGAAAAUUGCAUUAUCAUUACUUUGUCGUGGAAAUAUUGAAGAAAAAUAUCGAUAUAUAUUUUCACUUGCGGCUAGCGAAGGUGAGACAAAAGAUGUGGUUAAUAGAAAAAACUUAUCAAUUUUAUUCCAUGACGCAAUAAUGAUACCCAAGCAACUGGGAGAAGUAGCUGCAUUCGGUGGAUCCAGCGUCGAGCCAUCGGUAAAGAGUUGUUUCGAAUAUGCGAACACUCCUGAUGCUAUCACCGUUAACGAUUUUCUUGAAUGGGUAAAACUCGAGCCUCAGUCUCUUGUCUGGCUGCCCGUUAUGCAUCGAUUAGCUGCUAGUGAAACGGCCAAACAUGAAGCACGCUGUAAUAUUUGUAAAGAAUAUCCACUUAUUGGUUUUCGAUAUCGUUCAUUGAAACACUUCAAUUGUGAUAUUUGUCAAACCUGUUUUUUCUCUGGGAGACAAACAAAAUUUUAUAAACUGGAUGAUCCAUUACAGGAAUAUUAUACAGCUACAACAGCGUCAGAAGAUAUUCGAGAUUUUUUUCGAAUAUUUAGAAAUAAAUUUUGGUCAAAACAUCGUAAACAACCAAAAUUAGGCUAUCUUCCAUUAUCUUUAACAUUCGAUGAAACAAAUUCACUAAUAGGUGUUGCUACUACCGCAACACCAACCCACUCUAUCGAUAUCAUUAAUUCUACACCAGAUACAAUUUUUGCUACUAGCGCACCUGCCCAACAGAUUGCAACUAAAUCUGACGAUGAACAUUCGGUCAUUGCUCAACAUUGUCGAAACCUAAAUAAUUUUAUUCAAUCAUCCCCUCGACCACCAUCAGCAUCAAUGUUAUCGAUAGAAUUAUUAACACGAUCAUCAUUAGAUAGUGAACAACGUCAUGAGUUAGAAGCAAUAAUAGCUGAUUUAGAAGAUGAAAAUCAUUUAUUACAAAAUGAAUAUAAUCGUUUAUGUAAACAACAUAUUGAAAAGUCACAAUUAAUAAAUGAAUACAAUAUUUCAUCUAAUGAACAAAUGAUGUCUUAUAAAGAUUUAGAAAUGUUACGUGAAGCAAAGCUGUUACGUCAUCAUAAAUCUAAAUUAGAAACAAGAAUGAAAAUAUUAGAAGAACAUAAUAAACAAUUAGAAUUACAAUUGAACAAAUCAAAACAGUUACUAAGACCGUCGAACACACGUUCACCACCUUUAUCACAACAAUCAGUUAGGCAAAUAAAUCUUGGAUAUAUGUCAGCAGGUGAUGGAGAUAGUAGUCCGCUCCAAACAUCAGGCACAUCUUUAAGAAGAUCAGUUGAACGAAGCUUGGAACGACAGCCAAAUCUUAUUACCAUCGAUAAUUUAUUUUCAAUGGCUGAUGACAUUAAUCGGGCUGUCGUCGACCUGGUGCAAAUGUUUCGUUUAUCAUCUGUUCUUGCUCGAACAUGUGUGAAACCAUCACAAAUGGUUCGAUCGCUUACAUCGUUGAAUACUGUUGCCGUUGAACAAGAAAAACUAUUGGCCAAGAAUGAAACACCACAUCUUAGUGAAUCUAAACGUACACCACUAUUUGAUUUUCAUGUGAAGCAUAAAGGACGACUAGUCAAUUUUUCUGGAUGGCAACUACCUGUUCAAUAUAGUGAAAGUAUUGGUCAAUCACACAAACAUACACGAGCACAUUCGGGUUUAUUUGAUGUUUCACAUAUGUUACAAAUCAAAGUACAUGGAAAAGAUCGGAUUAAAUUUAUGGAACAAUUGGUUGUUAGUGAUAUUCAAAAUUUAAAAUUGAAUUCAUCCUGUUUAACAUUAUAUACAAACAAAGCGGGAGGCAUUCUUGAUGAUUUAAUUAUAACAAAAGCGUCUGAUUAUUUAUUUGUUGUAUCAAAUGCGGGCCGAGCUGAAAAUGAUCUGAGACAUUUGAAUGAACACUUGGAAAAAUCAAAGGAUUUAAAUGUAGAUAUUGAAGUAUUAUCUGAUCGUGCAUUGUUAGCAUUACAAGGUCCAUCCUCUUCGUCUGUAUUGCAGAAGUUUGUUCCAAUUGAUUUGACAACUUUCGCUUUCAUGCAGAGCGCAUCAACUACAUUUGCAAAUACAAUCCCGUGUCGUGUUAAUCGAUCUGGUUAUACUGGUGAAGACGGAUUUGAAAUUAGCGUCCCUGCUAAUAAUGUAGAACAGGUUGCAUCAUUUCUCUUGGAAUCGAACGAAGUAGCAUUAGCUGGUUUGGGUUGCCGUGAUUCAAUGAGGUUAGAAGCUGGCCUAUGUCUAUAUGGAAAUGAUAUUGAUGAAAAGACAACCCCUGUCGAAGCUGAUUUAACCUGGACUAUCGGUAAACGGCGACGAGAAUUAGCUGAUUUUCCCGGUGCUGAUAUUAUAUUAGACCAAAUUCGAAAUGGAGUUGAACGAAAACGCAUUGGAGUAGUAUCAAACGGAUCGUGUCCACGUUUUGGCGCUGAAAUUACGGAUUCAGACGGAAAAAAAAUUGGACAAGUUACGAGUGGAUGUCCCUCACCAUCCCUUAAACACAACAUUGCCAUAGCCUAUGUAUCGACAAAUAAUGCUAAACCGGGUACGCGUGUCUAUUUGACUGUGAGAAAUAAAAAAAUUGAGGGAAAUAUCGUCAAAUUACCAUUUGUACCAACCAAAUAUUACAAACCAAAAAAUGUAACAAAACAAUAA